GUUCACUACAUAAAAACCAUGACCACAGUCUUUGAGCUUUUCCGCCAGUUCCCUCUCUGAAACGGACGUUACAGAGAUCCUCUAAUGGCGUCGAACAAACGCGAACUACCAAUAUCGAACGAACCCGAAGGCAAGAAGGCAAAAGUCUCCGAUGCAGAGCCUUCCGAGCCAUCAAAGUCUGCCCAGCGUGUGGUGCUCAAUCCCGCCGAUUGCGAUUUAGAUUUCAACGUUGAAGUGAAUGGCCUACAAGGUUCUGCACUUCAUGAGCAGGGGUUUGCUUAUUGCUGGUCUGGUGCUCGUGCCAAUGUGGGCAUUACUGGAGGGAAGUAUUGCUUUGGUUGCAAAAUCAUUUCGAAUCAGCCAGUUGAUAUGGAAGACACCCCUUUGGACCAGCAGCAUCUGUGUCGCCUUGGAAUCUCAAGAGGAGAUGAUUCUGUGGGAAACCUUGGUGAAACUGAGCAUAGCUUAGGGUUUGGGGGUACUGGUAAAUUUUCUAUGGCAGGAAAGUUCUUGGAUUAUGGUGAAAAAUUUGGGGUUGGUGACACAAUUAUUUGUACUGUUAAUCUACAGAAUAAACCGAUGGCUUUCAUUGGUUUCUCUAAGAAUGGGAAAUGGUUGGGCACAGCGAAACAUUUUAAUGCAGGUCCAGAUGGUCUUGGAGUGGUGGAUUCUCCAGUUAAAAAGCGACAAUGGGAAUCAGCAGUUUUUCCUCAUGUGUUGUUGAAAAAUGUUGUAGUACAGUUGCAGUUCAGCAUUGAAGAUGGACUUGUCCCUGAAGAAGGCUACAAACCUUGGGCUUGUGCUCUUGAUACUGGAAAUGCAAUAAUGGGACCCACUUUUUCAAAUACACGGGAGUGUGAAGUGAUGAUGAUGGUGGGGUUACCUGCUUCUGGUAAGACUACUUGGGCAGAGAAAUGGGUGAAGGAACAUCCAGAAAAACGAUAUCUUUUGCUUGGAACAAACUUAGCUCUUGAUCAAAUGAAGGUACCUGGUCUGCUGCGUAAGCAAAACUACGGUGAGCGAUUUGACCGCUUGAUGGACUGUGCAACUGGAAUUUUUAACACCUUGUUAUCUAGGGCUUCGAAGACACCUCGUAAUUUCAUGAUUGAUCAAACAAAUGUCUACAAGAGUGCUCGUAAACGCAAAUUGAAGCCUUUUGCAAAUUUUCGGAAGAUUGCUGUUGUGAUCUUUCCCAAACCUGAAGAGCUGAAGUUUCGUGCUCAUAAGAGAUUCCAAGAAAUGGGGAAGGAGGUUCCGCCCGAAGCAGUAAAUGAAAUGUUAGCCAAUUAUGUUUUGCCCAUGAGCAAGGACAUGCCUGGGGCGGAUGAGUAUUUUGAUCAGGUUGUGUUUACAGAACUCAACAGAGCAGAGUCACAGAGACAUCUAGACGAGAUGAAAAUAAAUGUGAACUUGAAGCGUGACGUUUCACCUUAUUCUCAUGAAAGUUCUGUUCAGUCAUAUGAUAGUCAUUCAACAAAAUAUUCUCGUGAAAGUUAUAUCCAGUCGUAUAAUAGCCCUUCAAUGGAAAAUCAAGGUAGUUUACCAGGACACCGUGGAUAUUGGCGAGGUUCUUAUCCAUCUCAGCCGCCAUCGAGUUUACCACAUGAAAAUUAUUCAACCCCCCCAAGGGAUUUACUUCCUACGGAUUUCAAACACUACGGCAGUUAUCCUGCAUAUGGUACCUCUCAGCCACCAUUGAGUGUACCAUAUGAAAAUUAUUCAACCCCCGUGAGGGAUUUUCUUCCUACGGUUUUCAAACACUACGGCAGUCCUGCAUAUGGUACCUCCGUGAGAAAUGUCAAUCAAAUUAGAGAAGCCACUCCUGGGGAUGUUGGUGACCCUUACCAGACCUAUGGUGCGGGUGACUCCUAUGGCUAUCCCAACAUUGAUGACAGGAGUUUCUUGUCUGGGGGCAGAACUGAUUCUUACGGAAGUGGCAUGGUUGAACCCUAUGCAAGAACAUUUUCUUCCAAUAGUCAUGGUGGUUAUACCAGUGUCCCAGGAGGCCUCCAAGCUGAUAUGCCAGCUCCAAGACAGCCUGCCUGCUGGCCUGGUACAACUACAUAUGGUUCUCCUAAUGGAACUCCAUCUCCGAGGCCUUCAUAUGGAAGUCUUCCAACUAGUGUGCAGCAUCCCGGAGGAUAUGUCCCACCUCGUCCACGGUACUACUGAAUGUAAUGUUAGUCCCUUGCAUUUCACUCAAGUAUGCUAGAAUUUUGUGAAUAACAACUGUUUUACUGUUGGACUGAUCACUUUGAGGAUCGUAGUACAUAAUGAUGACAACAGAUGUAACAUUCUUAGGAGAAAUUAUGUUAACCUUGGACUAAAAGGUGAAGCUUCAAAUUUUCUACGUUUCAAGGACCCAAACCAUGUGAUAAGCUUCUCAAAAGUUAUGUUCAUUGAUCAUGAAUCAUUUGCUUUUGAACCUUCUUCCACUAUAUAGGAUGAACUUUAUAGUAGGUCUACCUUACUCUUUAGGUGCGGUAUUGAAUUGCUGAGAUUUGUUGUCCGCCACAACUAGCAGCAACUGUCCACUCCUCUUUAAAGCUUGGCCACCCCUAGCAAUCCAAG